CUUAGCAAAGAUGUUCAAAUGCAAUAUAGUGCUUGCGGACGUGAAAGUAGUGGACAGAAAAAGAAAAGUUUUUGUAAUACGCGUACCUUUGAAUGCAUAAGAGAUGUUCUAAUUGAGAAAUUUUCAGUAAGUGAAAAAGAAAUUAUAUCUAAAACAAGUCGCUGGUUCACAGGAGCAAUAGACAGAGCUGGGGGACGAAAACAAAGAAAUGAUCGUUCAAAAAGUAAAGACGACGGACGAAACGAUAACGGGCAAAAAGAUAACGACCAAAACAACAACGGCCAUAACAACAAUGAGCAAAAUGCAUGA